ACAACACACAGUAUGAAUUGGAAAUACAGACCCUUUUAGUUGUUCAUUUGAAGCAGCAAAUCGACAGAUUCAAACAAAUAAAGAGGGCCCAUUUCCCUCAGUCGCUGAAUUGAUUUCCCCCAACCCUUCAAUUUCACCGCUAAAUCACAACAUUCAUCGACAGCGACGAUCCAAACCUUUUCAGUCACCAUCCCCAUUUUCCCCUUGUUCUUUCAGUCAGAAAUUUGCAUGUUUGGUGAAUGUAAAAGUUAAUCCAACCGCCGUUUUUUCUCCGCCAACUUUCUCGAAAUACACUCUUCCCUCGGUUUCAUCGACCAUCCCCUUUUCAUAUAAAUAAUGGCCUCCGCUGCAUAUCACCAAGCAUCUGUGACUCUUCAACCUCGAUGUUACUUCAGUAGCUCUUGCGUCAAUCAGCAGAAUGGAAUCACUUCAAUUAGUUUGAUUCCAAAAGGCGUCAAGCUAGAUAUUGCUUUGACAGCAAGAGGAUGUUACUCCACAACUGUCCCUGACCCAGUUUUGUCGCCAUCAAGUGGCACCUCAAGUGAAGCCAAGAAGAAAUCUAAUGAAGCUGCACUGAUUCUGAUCAGGCAUGGUGAGUCUAUGUGGAAUGAGAAGAACCUGUUCACCGGUUGUGUCGAUGUGCCACUCACCAAGAAGGGAGUAGAAGAAGCUAUUGAAGCUGGCAAAAGAAUCAGCAACAUACCAGUCGACAUGAUCUAUACUUCUUCGUUAAUUCGUGCACAGAUGACUGCUAUGCUUGCAAUGACUGAACAUCGUCGCAAGAAGGUUCCAAUUAUUUUGCACGAUGAGAAUGAGCAAGCAAGAGUAUGGAGCCAAAUAUUUAGCAAAGAUACUAAGAAACAAUGCAUUCCAGUUGUAACUGCUUGGCAGCUAAACGAAAGAAUGUAUGGAGAACUACAGGGCCUGAAUAAGCAAGAAACAGCCGAUAGAUACGGUACUGAACAAGUCCAUGUGUGGCGACGCAGUUACGACACACCUCCUCCAAAUGGCGAGAGUCUGGAAAUGUGUGCUGAGAGAGCUGUUGCAUACUUCAAAGAAUUUAUUCAACCCCAGCUUUUGUCUGGGAAGAAUGUGAUGAUUGCGGCCCAUGGAAACUCACUGAGGUCCAUUAUCAUGUAUCUGGACAAGCUGACUUCUCAAGAGGUCAUUAGCUUGGAAUUAUCAACUGGGAUACCAAUGCUUUACAUUUUUAAAGAGGGUAGAUUUAUUCGUAGGGGAAGCCCUGUGGCACCAACUGAAGCUGGUGUUUAUGCUUACACUAAGAGUUUGGCUCAAUACAGGCAGAAACUAGAUGAAAUGUUCCAAUCCUGAUGGAGCUAUGAGAUAAUGUACUACGAUAAAUUUCUGAGCCAAUGUGUCAGAAUCCUGAAGAAGAAGCAGUCACAAUCGUGCUCUUAGUGUCACAUUUACUUGAUUGAUUGUUGUAUCUGAACCUAUGAAAACUUAGAAAAAAGGGCACUUCUGAAGUGUGUUUUAUUAUCUAGUCACAGAACUUCUGUAUAAGAUCUUAUUUUGUAUUGAACUCCCAAUGCAUGCGUUUUGCAAUAAACGAUAUGUUUGCGGUCUCAAAUGAUUUAAA